UGGUUGCCACUAAUAGCUUCACACUUCUGCUUAAAAAGAAAACGCGUCUAUUACCCUAGUUAUUUAAAAUUAGUGACCCUUGUUUAAUGAUAUUGUCCCGAAACUAAUUAAUUCUCAUAACUUUACAAGGUUUUAUAAGUUCAGGAGACAAAGCGCUAGGUGUUCUAGGUGUAAUUGGGCUGCUGUGUAAAUAGCUAAGUUAGCUAACCCUCAUUUGGUGAUAAGUGCAUAUUUCGUUAUUGACAUUUGAAAUGGACCUUUCGGCGGCAAAAAAUGAAAUUAUGCACUUGCUGUCUCGGGUGGAUGUUGGUGAACUUCCGAAACUCAUUCAAUGGAUGAAAAACGCCGAAGAACUGGAUGAUUGGUUUAUGGACAAUGAAAAGGUUGUUCUCCAGAGCAUUGCAGAAGAUCUGAGAACUUGUCUCCCAGUAGAAGCAAUGUUGCCCUCUGAAUCCCUAGCCAGAGAGAAGGCCCAAAAGAGCUCCAACCCCACAGUGCAUGUUGAUGCCUUCCUGUAUGAUGAGAAGGUGGUUGAUUUACUGUGCGAGGAGGGGAAGAUGAGCCGGGACUAUUGCUUACUGUGUGGAUCUCACAGAACUGCGCCUCUAGGGUUCAUCUCCCACUCGUUCUCUGCCUUGGAGAUUCGAUUCCUGUUCCAGAACGUUCUCCCAGACCUCUCAGGAAAAGUGCUCGUGGAUGUGGGUUCCCGGCUCGGGGCAGUACUCUAUGGGGGCUGCCUGUAUAGCUCAGCAGCUCAACUGGUUGGGGUGGAGAUCAGUGCUGAAUUCACCAGUCUUCAGAGGAUGGUUGUGGAGAAGUAUGGCUUCACUGACCGAGUCCAGACAUUUUCCAGAUUGGAUCAUUUCGCAGCAUUUUCUCCGCUCAAGUUUUGUGUUAUCCAUGCAGAUAUCUGCACCCAGGCCUCUCUCCUUCAGAAUGCCGAUGUUGUUGUCAUGAACAAUGUGUUUGAGUACUUCUUGGAAUCCAGUGAUCAAAUGAGCGCGUGGCAUUGCAUCAGCCAGAAUGUGAGGAAGAAAGGUGCACUACUCAUCACAGUACCAAGUGUGCAGGAAGCUCUUGAGGCACUGCAGGGGAUGAAAGGGGUCGUAGACAUCAACCAAUGGCUGGAGGAGCUGCCCAUUGACUAUGACGUCUACCUGGGGAAGGACACUGACCCUGACUCGUUUAAACAGAUCCAUCUCUACAGAGUUCUGUGACAUUAGACGGGAACUGUGUUCUACACUUUACAGUUCUGGGGCUGGAAUGAACAGGAGAUGAUUCUGACUGAGGGACAGCCCUUUGUGUGUUACGGAGGACAGCGUAGCAUGUCACAGGAGUCUAUGGAUCCUGGUGUUCUUGCACAGCUGUAUCAGGACAAGUGGAAGGAAAGGGCAAUGCGUUUUCUCCUCAUUUGUUGGUCUGAUCGUCUUCUAGGCAUUCUGUAUCCUGUAUGACUGAUUAGCCAAGAGUGAAUUUUGUUUUGUUGCAUACCAUAGCCACAACAACUUUUGUUUGGAUAAAUGAACAGCAAGCACCUAACUGUUUAUGUGGCCAUAUUCUUAAAACAACAGUUUCCCAACAAACAGGUAGACAUAUUUUCAUCAAUUUCAUGUUUCCUGAAGAAUAAGGUGAAAACUGGUUGUGCGUAGUCUUGAAUGUGUUUCAUUAACACCUUUGAUAAAGGUGGGAACAAAAUUAAACAAGCAUACUGGAUUGGUGGAAAUGUGUUUAAAUAGUCUCCCUUUCAGUAAAAAGAUUUACAGUCCUGUAAUAUCUUA